UGUGACCGUGGCGAGACUAGGUGAAGGUGAUACUCCGGACGGGAGGAGCUGGAGACGAAACCAUGUCCCUGCCGCCGUUGCGACGCGUUUUCGUCUACGGUACCCUGAAGCGGGGCGAACCGAAUCAUCACUGGUUGACGAGUGUGGCCAACGGUGAAGCAAGCUUUGUCGGCCGCGGCACCACGGUCGCCCGCUAUCCACUCGUGAUAGGUUCCCGGUACAACAUUCCGUUCCUGCUGGACGUAGCGGGACAGGGACAUAAUGUAAGGGGCGAAAUCUACACCAUCGACGAUCGGAUGCUGUCGCGACUGGACGUGCUAGAGGACUACCCGCGGCUGUACGAACGGAGGCCGGAAGAGAUUCGCCAAGAGGCGGACGGCGUGGUAAUAACGUGCUGGAUCUAUCUACUUCAACGUUUUCCCGAGCGUCUACUCGAAGGGACGGAGCUGCUGGAAGAGUACCGAAACAAUGCCCACCGGCCGUACACGGAAUCGGAUGAUGAUAACGUUUUUGCUGAGCACGGGAACGGAGCCGGAAAAGAUGGCGUGUAGUAGCCGCAGCCGUCGCCAACAAGCGUGGUCGAGAAAGCGAAAGUAGAACCACUAAAGCACAUCUCAAAGUCAAGGUCAAGUGCAGCACGAAGACCCAGGACGAAAAUAAAAGAACGCGAGUGUGGUAGUGUUGAUUUGUAAACAAAUGGAUCAUAGCCGAGAAGGGAAACUGAGUGGAGGCUCAGGACGUUUGAAAAAUAUACAGUUGCU